AUGACGGCUAUUCAGGAUUACCAGUACGGACCACUCGCAAACGAUGGCAACACGCGUUUCAUACAUCUGUACCCAGCGGCGCACUUCGAAGAUCCUAUACGCGUCGACAUCAUCGAACGGGCUUACGAUGCCUCCAAGACCCAAGACCCCGUCAGCUACGAAGCUUUAUCGUAUGCUUGGGGCUCAGAUGAAGAUUCGGCGUACAUCUUCGUUGGGGCGAACUCUCGCUUGCGUGUCCGUCACAAUGUUACCCAGAUCCUGAGGUACCUGAGGGACGGUAUUAAGCUAGGACUUACUGCCAGAACCCUGUGGAUUGACGCUAUAUGCAUCAACCAAGCGGACGACGAGGAGAAAGGAAAGCAGGUUACCAUGAUGGGGAACAUUUACGCCUGUGCUAAGAGUGUGCUGGUCUGGACUGGUGAACCCGGAUGCGAUCUGCAAGCGCUACAGCGAAGCUUAAAAGGCGAGGAUCUUUAUACUCGGGAGAGUCAACUGCCUCCUCGUUUCACGCAGUUCUUUGAGACCGGAUGGUUUACGAGGCGCUGGGUAGUUCAAGAGAUCAUGCAUGCCCGCGAAGCCUACUUCGUUUGCGGUAGUGGCACGAUGCAGUGGCAGCAAUUCCUCUCAGUUCGACACCAAUUCCGGUCGACUACCAAGUCUCAGCCAAUGAGCUUUAUGACCGGUUAA